AUGAUGCCGUUGGAGACGGUCAGAAUUAUCGACCGUCAAGGCUGCUGGGGCUUCGGUAAGGCUCGUGUGAGUGUGAUGGUGCUCGCCAUCGUCUUGUGUGUCCUCGUCGCUCGAACUUCGGUCUCUGGCUCUCAUCGGGCUAUGCUCGUGCAGACAAGUUUGCAAGCACAAGCCAACAAGAACAAGUUGUUUCCUCAGGAAUUUCUCGAUGCAGCAGAGCGCGUGCAGGUGGACAGGGCGAUCAAGAUGAUCGCUUUGAACUUGGACAGGGAGAAAGCAAAGCGAGCUAAGCUCAUGCGUUUGCAUCAUAAGAUCAGUCGGCGGUUGCGCUAUCAGCAGGAGCUUGCCCGUCAACUCAAGGCGUCAGCGACAGAUUUGUCUAAUAAGGAGCUCGAGAAAUACACGAGCUACCGUAUUGCCAAGGGGAAGGAGGACAGCAUCCAGCAACAAGUGGACCUUGACCAUGAGCUUGCCUCUCUGAUGGGAGCAAGAGCGCAGCAGGACAAGAUCAUGGCUGUCAACGCGAUUGUAGAUGCAGAGAAUGAAGUGAAGCAGGCAGACGCGCUGCGUCACAAGAUCCAAGAGCUCGGUGUCAAGGCUAGGAAGGAGGGCGAGGAGGCUGACGCGAUGGUUAUGACGGCUCACAGCCUCUUAGAUGAUACGAUCAAGAAGCGAAGAAUGGAGGAGAAAGCUUCUGGGGAACCAGCAGCGGCAGCCCAGGAGCCGCUGCUGAAGCGACUAAAGAAGCAUCAAGUGAUCGCUGAGCGAGAGAUGGAGGACGACAUCCGAGAGCUGGCAAGAUCGCAGCUGCGAGAGAAGAAGCUGCUUGGCGUGGAGGGGGUCGACCCCAUUUCACGCAACCUAGAGAGCAUCAAGAACGUGCAAGGAGAGGCAAAUCAGCUGCUGCAUUGA